UCGGGAAAAAUUUAGUUCAAAUUGUAGGAAAUAAAGCGAUUUGUGGGUUGCAGGGCUAUAAGGGAAGCAGGGUUGUAAGAGGAACAGACAUAGGGCGAUAUCAAGGAUUGAAGAGUGUAAGGGAUGGAAAGGUGUAAAGGAUAGUGGGAUGUUAUGCAUACGGAGACGUGAGGGACGCAGGGAUGUAAAGAUGAUAGAGGAGUAAAGGAUGCAAGGAUAUAAAGAAAGCGUGGAUGUAAAGGAUGCAGUGAUGUAAGGGAUGCAGGCAUGUAAAGGAUACAGGGAUGUAAGGGACUAAAACCCCACUUUCGAUAACUAUUUAUCUAUGUAUAUAUUUGUUUCCCUCUGAGGGUAAUUAAGGGGUGCGUUUUCUCACCCUUUAUCCGCGGGGGUGGCGUAUUCUAGGAACUAUUGGUUGGCGGUGGCACCUUCCCCUCCGCUGACUUUGAUCGCCAUUUUCCCUACGGGGACGGCAUGCGCGAUCGAGGGUGUAUCUGUAGUCACUGGUUUCAGUCAUAUUCGUACUGACUUUUUGAUACGAUGAAGUAGAAAACAAUAUAUUAUUUAUUAUGUAAUGGUUGAACAUUAUACAUAAUGGCUUUCAAGGAUUAGGAACUAUAUAACAUUACCUAUUACUUUUAAAGUAUUUCAGGAAAAUGUUGAUGAAUGCAAUGAAUGUUAAUCUUGAAUUUUUAUUGUAUGGGAAAUAAUUUGUUUUCUUUCGUGCGACAUCUUUAAAUUCAAACAGCGUGAUAAUAUAUUGUCUGUCAACGUAAUCACGUGUAAAUACGUAAUUAUAUUUUGAAGCAUAAAACCAAAUUUAUUUAGCACCAUGCACUAUUAUUUUUAUACUCAUUUUGUAUAGUAUGGGAUUUGUAAAACAUUAAUAAAAAGGUUGACUUCAUUUGUUUAUAAUAGGUGGUAAAAAUAAGUUAUUUUGUACACACCACAGAAAGACUGUUAUUUAAAAGAAUAUCAUUGUAUUUUCUACAUUACAAAUUUUGCAAACAAUGCUUUAAUUUAGAUGCAUCUAUUAUUUUAUUUGUAUUUAAUAUUGUUUUAUCAUUAAUAAGCAAUAUACUCCUACAGAAAUGCUGAUGAUAAUUUAAUAACAUAGGUAGAUUAGUUUGUAAGGGAAUGAUUCUAUUAGAUACUACAUUUAAUAGGCAUAAUACAAUAUUAUACAGAGUAAGAUAUGCUUGCUUUAUUUAAUCAUAAUUCUUUAAGCAUGUUCAAAUAGGAUUGCAGUAUGUAUAGUAUUUCAUCUUAAAGUGCACAUGUACAAUAUUUUAAAGGAGACAGUGCAUGAAAUUGUCCCAAAGAAGAACCAGAAAAAAAUGUUGUACUGGCUGAACUUGCUAGUAGCCAGAUCUAAUUUAAUUUUCACAAAAAUGGAACAUAUAAAAUCAAGGAAACAUGAAUUUAAAUUAUAUACAAGAAAAUCAUCAAAUGAAAAGACAUAGUAAACUUUUAUAUCGAUAUGGAUAUUUUCUAUCAAUGCUUUUCUGUAUGAUACUUGCAUCUAUUAGACCACACUUUGGCAAGACAAAUGGUAUUUCUUAUAAAAUUAUUGUAUUUAUAGUUAAGAACAAUAUAUAUAUUGUUAUUUUUAUAUUGCAUAUUUUAGGUAUUCUCAAUGGGAAUGUUAUCAUUCGAUAUUUUGCUGUGCCUUUAACAUAUCUGGAAGCAGGUUUAUUAUGUGAUCCUAAAUCACUAUAUUCAACAUUAAACAAUGGCCCUCUUUUAAUAUUUACAAUGAUCUUUAUAUACAUACUAAUGCCAUUUUUAAUGAAGAUCGGUGUAUAUUUAUUAGUAUACGCCGAUGUUAAUAUAUGGCUGUUAAAAGGAAUGGAGGUACUUUACUGCAUGCCACCUCCAUUCAAUACAAGUUUUGUUCUAUGUAGAUUGGCAAAAGCAGACUUGUCAACAAGUAUUGUGAUAACUUUGGUAUCUCAUUUCGGAGGAUUAUUUAUAUCUCCUAUAUUAUUAUAUUUUGUGUUAGGAGCAUCUACACCUCCUCUGGUUGGUGUAAACAUCAAAGAAACCGUGUAUAGUACAAUUAUACCAUUAAUCAUUGGUAUUACAAUUCAAAUUGUUAUUUUAAAGUAUGAUUUUUGUUUCAAAGUUAAAUCCCCAUGGUUUUCUCAAGCAUUGUUAUUAGCUACAGCGUAUCACUGGUUUUGUGAUGCAGUCUUAGUGGAUGCAUCAUCUUUACAAGCCACUGAUGUAUUACUGUGUGUAUUAAUAGCUUGCGUGGGACAACUCUUUGUUAGCUGCUUAUGUUGGAUUUUGUGCUCUCAAUGGUUACCUCGGGAUAUCGUACUAGCUACACUUUUUACAAGUACUCACAAAUCAGUCGGUCUUGGCAGUUGGAUUUUACGUGGUGCUUAUCAUGGUUCAGCUCAUGGCCCAGCAGUGAAUUUACCAUUAUGUAUACUACCAGUUGCACAAUUAUUGUUGGGUAGUUUAUUGGCUAGUUGGUUGUCUCCAUAAUGUAAAAAGUCUCACAUGUAAAAUUUAAACGAUGUUAUUUAUAUUUUAUUCCUUGUUACAAAUUGCAUGUAUGUACUAUUUAUUUUUUUAAAUGUAAUUUAUUUUCCAUUUUCUUAUGUGCUGUUUGAUACAUGUCUCAGUUCGUUGCUCUUAAAACAGUACAAAAAGUACAUGCUACUUUUACAGUAAUUUUGAUUCUGAAAUACUGUACAACGAUUUACUUAAUAUUAUUGAAGAAAGAAGAGAUUAUUUUAAAUACCACAUUAGCUAUAUUAGAAAGAAUAGUUUAUAGGAAUGGAGUAAAAAAUUGUUUUUCUUGACAAAAUAAAUCGAUCUUUUUAUUCUUAUUUCAUAAAUUGAUACCGAAUGUAAGUAAAAAAAAUUAGCUAUAUAAAAAAGUUGCCUUAGUAACUAGUGUUUGAAUUUGAAAUAAGAGAAAUUUCUUAAGUAAAUUACAUUUUUAGAACGUAAUAUUUAAAACUAAAUUGUCUGCAUCAUUGAACUUUUAAAAAUAAAAUACUUAAUAAAAUAUUGGGUAGGAUUUUACUUGGAAUUAUUUUCAAAAUGUAUCAAAUAAGUUUAUUUCUAUGUAUAACGAAAUGCCAAAGGCAUUAAAACAUAGUCUGUGAUUUUCUUUUUUCUAAGUUUCACGUACAGUGCACACGAAAUUUGUUUAUUGCAGAAUUUAAUACUUACCUUGGAAAUUAAUAUUAAGAAUUUGUAUGUAACAAUUAUAUAUAUAUAUAUUAUUUUUUCAGUAUAUAUUGAAACAACUAGUGUAAAAUUAUGCACGAAUAAAGUUUUCAAUUCUAAUCAACUUAGUUUCAUUGACAUUUGACAGAAAGAAAUCAUGACAAUGAUACAUUACACUGUACAUCAUUACAGAAACAAUUUUAAAUAGUACAUUAAGUGAAAGUAAAAAAAAAA